AUGACGCGCGGCAACCCAUAUGAAGACGCUGCAAGCGACUAUGGAGACCAAGACGUUGAUGAUGAGAAUCACCUGGCGGUGAACAUCCUGGUAUGUGACUUCAUCGUCCUCGAAUGCUGCCUCUCGGGGGUGAAGAUGCGCGAGCAAGGGAGUAGCAAGGUUGUCACUAGCUGGGCGAGGAUUGAGCAUGCGCUGAUAUUGAAUCGCUUCCUCUUCACGUCUAAGGGGCCUGAUGCGCCCAUAUCCGUGGAUCCUUUCCGGACGGUUGCAAAGGAGAUGAAGUUUCUCACCAAGAACAUUAGGCAGUUACUAGGUUCAGGACACCCUACACUGGAUACUGUUGCCAAAUACUACACCCAAAGCGAAGGAAAAUAUGUUAGACCUAUGCUGGUUCUCCUCAUGUCAAGAGCGACUGCGCUAGCACCCAAGGUUCAGAAUAGGAGUACGACUUACUCUGUAAACCAACCCAUCACGCGGCCGGACAUACUGGCGGACGAGAACCCCUCUGCGGGGAGCCCUUCCCUCACGGACCUUUCGCACGAUGCCGUGUAUACGACCGGAGACUCCGAUAUCCUUCCCUCGCAAAGGCGGCUGGCGGAGAUCACUGAGCUGAUACACACCGCUUCUUUACUUCAUGACGAUGUCAUUGACCACUCGGAAUCGCGACGUUCCGCUCCCUCAGCAAACAUUGCAUUCGGGAACAAAAUGGCCGUGCUGGCGGGAGAUUUCUUGCUCGGAAGGGCAUCCGUCGCGCUGGCGCGGUUACGCGACCCUGAAGUGACCGAGCUCCUGGCUACGGUCAUUGCGAAUUUAGUAGAGGGAGAGUUCAUGCAGCUCAAGAACACUGCGCGGGACGAGAAGAAUCCCAGCUGGACGGAGGACACGGUUGCGUAUUACCUGCAGAAGACGUACCUGAAGAGCGCGAGCUUGAUAAGUAAAAGCUGUCGUGCCGCUGCCAUCCUCGGUGGCAGCACGCCUGAGGUUGUUGAAGCGGCGUAUUUGUACGGGAAGAACAUCGGCCUGGCGUUCCAACUUGUGGAUGACAUGCUGGAUUACACGGUCUCUGAAGAGGAGCUCGGGAAGCCUGCUGGGGCGGAUUUGGAACUGGGACUUGCGACUGCACCCUUGUUGUUCGCUUGGAAAGACAACAACAGUCUCGGAAGGCUGGUGGGCAGGAAGUUCUCCGGAGAGGGUGACGUGCAGAAGGCCCGAGAAAUCGUAGCUUCCAGCACCGGCCUUGAGCAGACCCGCGCCCUCGCCCAAGAGUACGUCGACAAGGCUGUUGAAGCCAUCAGUGGCUUCCCCGAAAGUGACGCGAAGAACGGCCUCAUCGAGAUGUGCACCAAAGUGAUGAAGAGACGCAAGUGAGUAGGAAGACGAUGACUUGCGGCGUCACCUGAUAUCUGUCUGUAUAUUUUGUAAGAGUACCCCCUAUGCAUCGCAUCAGCAUAUAGAGCAUCGUCACUAUAACAAGGCGUUGUUGGAUGGCCUUCGCGCUGGUUUCAGCUGUGCCGUAGAGCUCCCACUCCUCGUCGGCGAGCAUGAGAAUCAGUAAGCUUCCGAUCCGGCUUUGUACAUGUAUUGUACAUAGACAUUUUGCUAUUUGGGAGGCAUAUCUGUAUUGACCGAAUGGAUUUAGCGUUUUCCACGCC